CAAACUGUAUCAUCUUUCUUUGACUUUGGCAAAAUUUUCCUUCUUCUCAGAGAGAAAGAGGAAGAGAGAAGAUGAUGCUUCGUCUCUGUAUCAGAAGAGCUCGUCGCCAUUGUUAUCACCACCAUUUUCGACACCUUCCUCCUCGUCUCUUCUCUUCUUCUUCUUCUUCUUCAUCUUCAUCUUCCUCCGAAAUCCCAAUCCAAUCAACCCAAAACAAUCUCCAAAUUUCCCGCCAAUUCCAACCACCGUCCACCGCCACUCCUUCCUCCGGUCUCUCGCGAAAUAACAUUCUCACCUUCUCCUCUCUCGCCACCGCUGCUGCCGCUGUCGCAUACGUUUUUCUCUCCUCCGAUGAUGAUCGUGAUCAUAAGGCCGCAAUCGAACACGGAAUUCGCAAAUACGGUGAUUCGAUCAAUAACGUUUUCGUUCACAUUAAGCAAACCGGUGUUGCUGCUUCGGUUCUCUGGCAAUCGCUUAGGUCGGUGUUGUCUUCGGCUAAUCACGAGGUACGUUCGGGGUUCGAGCUAAGGGUUGCGUCUCUUUUGGCCGAUAUUGUUUCUGCUAAUGAGAGUCGUAGGGCUGCUAUUGUUGGGGCUGGUAGUGGUGGUGCUGUUGUUGAUUGGUUGCUUGAGUCGGUUGCUGUUCAAAGAGAUGGGUCCGGUGGUACUCAGGCCGAGUCGGCCAGAGCACUUGCGUACUUAAUUUCUGAUCCUAAUGUUUCAGAGGCUGUGCUUGGGAGGCCUGGUGCUGUUCCCAAACUGUUGAGGUUCAUUUUCUCGUGCCAACCUCAGAGGUCGAAAAAGCAGUCAAGGCGUAGUUCACUUGAUGUUUCUGAUUCUUUGAAAGGCAGGAGCAUGCUCGUGGCUGCCAUUAUGGAUAUUGUCACAUCCAAUUGUGAUAGUUCGGAAAAUAUUGUUUUUAAGCCUUCGUUGCCUGGAAAUGCUGCAACAAGGGAUAUUGCAGCUGCCAUUCAAGUUAUUGAAGAAGGCGGAAUGUUUCUGGAUGAGUCAGUUGAACAUGAAGAUGAUGGAGAUGGUGGAGGGGGAAUGAAGGGGAUAGGCAUUAAAGUUCUCGGGGGUACAACAGUUUUAGGCCUUUCAAGAACAAAUGAACUUUUGGAGUUGAGAAAUACUAUUCCUAGACAAAUGGAAUUAGAAAGUACUAGGAAGAAUGUAGUUUUGCAACAUAAGCACGAGAAUUCCCUUGCUCAAACCAACCUGAAUUCUGCUGUUGUUCCUGGGUUGUGGGAUGAUUUGCAUUCCGAACAUGUUGCUGUUCCUUUUGCUGCAUGGGCACUAGCUAAUUGGGCAAUGGCAUCGGCUGGUAAUAGAUCUCUAAUAGAAGAGCUGGAUCAAGAUGGGAAUGCUGUCAUGACUGCUUUAAUGGCCCCUGAGAGAUCUGUGAAAUGGCAUGGGAGUUUGGUUGCUCGGUUACUCUUAGUGGAUCAUAAUCUACCCCUAAAUGAUUAUGUUUCUGAUUGGAGUUCUACUCUUCUUUCUACCAUUCAUCAGGCAAGUAAAAAUGAGGAUAUUCCUCUGGCUCAGGUGGCUUUGUCAGCAUUCUCGGUUUCUAUUGAAAGAAGUGAAAGAGCACAAAAGAAAGUGAUGGAGAAGGGUCUUCAUUUAUUGAGAGACACUGCUAAAAGGACAAGAAAGAAUAAAAAUGUGCAAGAAGCAUUGGCUAAAGCCUUAGAGUUGGUGUGUUCUGGGCACAUGCAUUUUUCUCUUGAAGAGAGCCAAAAGUGGUCUGGCAUAUUGCUUUCAUGGGUUUUUGAAAAAAAUUCCUCAGAUUCCUUACGUUCUUCAGCAAUAAAAAUUCUUACAUGCAUUCUUGAAGACCAUGGACCAUAUUCUAUACCAAUGUCCCAAGGGUGGUUGGCUAUUCUGCUUUCUGAAGUUCUGGCUGCUAGUAAGGCAGCAUCAGCUAAAGGAAAUUUUCAGCCUAAAAAUGACAAAGUGAAGACGCAAAUUGAUCAAUCGAACAUUGUUUCUGCUGCACAAGCUGUAAACCAGUUAGCAGGUGCUGUUGUUAGUCUAGCAGGAAAUCAGCUGUUAACAACCACUGAAUCCAUAGAUGCAUUUCCACUAGCAGAUCUUUUUUCCAUGGAACCUCUCGUGGGGCCAUCUAAAAAUUUAAAGAAGGAUACUGUCCCCAAGUUUGAUGUGGCAGAUUCUGCUGUGGCAACCCUGAAGGGGAUCAAAGCACUGGCUGAACUUUGUUCUGAUGACUUUUCUUGCCAGGAAAAGAUAACUGAUUAUGGGGUCUUAUGUUUAUUGAAACGCCUUUUAUUAUCUGAUGACUAUGAGAAACUGGCUGCAAUAACAGCAUACGAUGCUUCCAAGAUCCAUGAGCCACAGGAACGAAAUGGAAAUGUCCCUAAUAAGUCAUCUGAAUCAGGUAAUAACGAUCCAUCUAGUGUCCGAGUUCCACCUACUGCUCACAUUCGAAGGCAUGCAGCUAGGCUGUUGACUAUCCUUUCACUUCUUCCAAAGGUCCAAAAAAUCAUGGUAGCAGAUGAAGCUUGGUGUUCAUGGCUUGAGAGUUGUGCAAAUGGGAAGAUAUCGGGCUGCAGUGAUCUUAAAAUACAAAGUUAUGCUAGGGCAACACUGUUAAAUAUAUUUUGUCAUGAAGAAUCUGCAAAUGAUGGUAUCUCCAAAUCGGAUACUGCAAAAAGAAGGAAACCGUGUCCUCGUUAUGAUGAUAUAAUCUAUUUAAUCAAUCCUGAACUACCCCAUUGGAAGUGUCCUGAAAACAGUGAUAAAGACGGGUUUCGAAAAGAGUCAUCUUCUUCUGAGACUACAGCUAUUGACAACAAUGAUAAAUCUGUAUCUAAACCAUCAACUGAUGACGACGUGUCUAGUUCAGAUGCACAUGUUAAUAAAUCAGAAUCAGUAGAGACACCUCUUUUUGAUGUUGUUUUUAUCCAUGGGCUCCGUGGGGGUCCUUACAAGACAUGGCGCAUUUCCGAGGACAAGUCAUCGACCAAGUCUGGCUUAGUAGAGAAGAUUGAUCAGGAAGCAGGAAAGCUAGGAACAUUCUGGCCAGGUGAAUGGCUCUCAGCUGAUUUUCGUCAAGCUCGCAUGUUCACACUUAAAUACAAGACAAACCUCACCCAAUGGUCUGGAGCUAGCCUGCCUCUUCAGGAAGUCAGUUCCAUGCUGUUGGAGAAACUUGUUGCUGCAGGAAUUGGUGACCGGCCUGUUGUUUUUGUUACUCACAGCAUGGGAGGCCUAGUUGUCAAGCAAAUGCUGUAUAAAGCGAAGACAGAGAAUUUCGAUAACCUUGUGAAUAACACCAUUGGAGUUAUAUUCUACAGCUGCCCACACUUCGGAAGUAAACUUGCAGAUAUGCCAUGGAGAAUGGGUCUGGUUUUGCGCCCCGCACCGAGUAUUGGGGAGCUAAGAAGUGGAUCUGCAAAAUUAGUAGAGCUUAACGACUUUACUCGACAUCUUCACAAAAAGGGGCUGCUUGAAGUUCUCAGCUUCUGCGAGACCAAAGUAACUCCGAUCGUAGAAGGCUACGGUGGAUGGGCUUUUCGUAUGGAAAUAGUACCAAUCGAAUCAGCAUACCCUGGAUUCGGUGAACUAGUUGUUUUGGAGUCAACAGAUCAUAUAAAUUCUUGUAAACCGGUCAGCCGCUCUGAUCCUUCGUACACAGAAACAUUAGAGUUCUUGAAGAAGCUGAAGGACCGCUACACACCACCACCACCAAAACUGGACAGAUGAUCUUGACAUGAACUCGGUACAGUACGCCAUGUCGAUUAGAUUCGAAAGACGGGGUUGGUCGAAAUCUUGAUUAUUAAAAACCAAAAGAAGAAAGAUUAUUGAGUACAUUAACACACCAGAGCAGAUUAUUUUACUUUUAGUUCCUCUAAUAUUCUUUCACUAUUGUUUUCGUUGUAAAUAAUGGCUAAGGGCAGUGAGUUUGAGAUUUGUGUAUACUCAAAUGAUUCAAAAAAAGAAAAUAGAAAGAAGUAAUUAUAUUUA